AUGUCGUUUAAAUUUGAUUCAAAUGAACUAUCUCGAGCAGGAACAUUUCUUGGGCCAUCCAACUUAACUUUAUUUACUCUUGUGGUUGUUUUUAUUUGCUUAAGUAUGUUUUUAUCAAUCAUCAAUGAUAAUUUUCGUGUAGCAAGAGAAAAAGUCACGGAAGAUUCCGAGGUACUGUCAUAUUCCGUCAACAAAUUUCUUCGAUGGACAGGAAUACGAAAACGACCAGAAUGGGAAAUUCAAGAAGAAAGAGACCAAAAAAUACGUGGUCAAUACUUAUACACAGUGGAUGCAUUACCAUUGAGAACAGAACAAUUGGUUAAUCAAAUUAAUCGAAUGUGUUUUAACCAACCGACAUCAACCAUACAAGACAAAUGUAUUGCUUUAUUUGUUGUAUUAUGUCAUAAUACCAUUACACCGGGUAUCGACAGCCAAACGUCACGAUACCCUAAUACUGAUCAACGAACGAACACCGGUAUCGAUACCAGCCCGUUCUAUCCGCGGCCCGAUACUCAAAUAAGUUUAAAUGCACAGUUAAUUGCAUAUAAUAUUAUCGAAGCGUUAGUAAUGGCUGAAGAUAUGAAAGGUCGCAUUUCAGUUCCGUAUGACAAAAACUCGGCAUUGCGAAUUCUUCAGGUUGGCUAUUCUUAUCUCAUAUGUAUUCUUCAAUUAUUUUUCUUUCAAUAUCGACCGAUUGUUGACAUUAUCAACAAUUAUUUUGAUAAUGCUUAA